UCAGCUGUCUCCGGGUGGCAGCACCUGGUCUCGAUGAAUCAGUUUGUCAAGUUUGCAGUCGGAGCGCGGUCGGUGUGCCAGUUUUGCGAGUCCGUUACCGUUCCUUCGAACAUCAUCAUCAUCAUCUUAUAGGUGGUCUCUCUCUCCGUGUUUAAAAACAUUACACACAUACACACACAUCUUGUACGUCUUCUCUCAUUCACUCGCACCCGUUCGCAUCCAUCCAUCUCGGUGUGCCAGUGCGAGAGAGAGAGAGAAAGAGAGCCGCGACUCUCAUUGCGCGCCGUUCGUUCGUUCGUGUGUGUGUGUGUGUGUGCGUAUGUGCUUGUGUGAGUGAGUGCAUAUUUUUUCUUCGACACCCCAGAUUUUGCGUCUCCGUUGCGCCAUAACCAUUCUCUAUCCACUUCUGUUCCUCUCCGCGCGGCGGGUCGAUACGCAGAUCUUCGACCCUUUUAGGGGGUGUCGACGUCGUCAUCACCCUUUCGAGUGUGCUGUGUAUGUGUGUGUGUGUUACUCUGCACAGAGAUAGAGAGUAGCAGUAGAAGAUCUUGAACAGUCAGCUGCGACAGCGGCAGAAUUGUGAUGCAAUAGGCGUUUCACCCUCGUUCAACUGGGCCCCGGAACUUGGAUCAUGAAAAUGGUGUUAUCCCAACGGCAGCGAGAAGAGCUUAACAAAGCCAUCGCUGAUUACCUGAGCAGCAAUGGUUACAUGGAUGCUCUGGAAGCGUUCAAGAAGGAGGCUGAUAUGCCGGGAGAGGUGGAGAGGAAGUUCGGAGGACUUUUAGAGAAGAAAUGGACUUCGGUGAUACGGCUGCAGAAGAAGGUGAUGGAGUUGGAGUCGAAGCUUAACGAGGCGGAGAAAGAGUACAUAGAUGGGGCGCCAACGAGGCCCAACCGCAAUCCGCUGGAGUGGAUCCCAAGACCGCCGGAGAGGCACAGUCUUUCAGGUCAUAGGGCUCCUGUAACGCGGGUCAUUUUCCAUCCGGUCUUCAAUCUUAUGGUUUCGUCGAGCGAGGAUGCGACCAUCAAGGUGUGGGAUUUCGAGGCCGGCGAAUACGAACGCACGAUGAAGGGCCACACCGACUCCAUACAGGACAUCGCGUUCGACGCUCAGGGCAAGCUGCUCGCCUCCUGCAGCGCCGACAUGUCCAUCAAGCUGUGGGAUUUCCAGACGUACGAGUGUAUACGUACUAUGCUCGGCCACGACCACAACGUGUCCAGCGUGGCGUUCCUGCCGGCCGGAGACUUUGUCGUCUCAUCCAGCCGCGAUAAGACCAUCAAGAUGUGGGAGGUGGCGAAUGGGUAUUGCGUGAAGACGUUCACCGGUCACAGAGAUUGGGUGCGCAUGGUGAGAUCCUCGGCGGACGGCAGUCUUUUGGCCACCUGCUCCAACGAUCAGACGGUGCGCGUCUGGGCUGUCUCUUCGAAGGAGUGCAGACAGGAGCUGCGAGGUCACGACCACGUCGUCGAGUGCGUCGCCUGGGCCCCGGAGUCGGCCUCGCAUCCCAUCAACGAGGGAGCAGGUGCCGACAACAGGAAGGGCGCUCACAUGGGUCCCUUCCUGGCCUCCGGUUCCAGAGAUAAGAACAUUAGAAUAUGGGACGUCGGAGCAGGCGUCUGCCUGAUCACCCUGAUCGGUCACGACAAUUGGGUGAGGGGCUGCGUUUUCCAUCCAGGAGGUAAAUUCCUGGUCUCCGCCAGCGACGACAAAACGCUCAGAGUUUGGGAUCUGCGCAACAAACGUUGCCAGAAAACUUUGGAAGCACACAAACACUUCUGCACCUCAGUUGAUUUUCACAAAUCACAUCCGUUUGUGAUUUCCGGAAGCGUAGAUCAGUCGGUGAAAGUAUGGGAGUGCCGCUAAGAAGGUGGUCGCCGUUGGGGGAGGAGAAGGAGGCGCGGCGGUAGCUGGAGGAGGAGGAGGAGGAAGGAGAAAGCAAACGGAAGAAGUGGCGGUGAGGAGAGGUGGUGAUGAUGAUGAUGAUGA